AUGAAUUUCAACAGUGAUAUCAACGAGAAUUACUUUACCACUAUGGAAGGGUAUGACAGCUAUACCUCUUAUAUUCACAUUCCCGUCUCGACUGAGGUCAACGAAAAUAAUAUCAAAUUGUUGGGUAAUAUAUUCACUAAACCAACAUUCAUCCCGCCAGAAGUCACUUCCCCUAACAUCCCACUUUGCAAAAAAGAAGAAGGGACUAUGGUCAUGGACAUCGAAGAGGGGUGUAAUGUGGUUAAACAAAGUCCCGUCAUAGUCAUGGAUGGCGUUGAAAUUGUUAUGGACGAGAGUAAUAGGGACAGAAUCGAUAAGAUCCAGAAGAACGUCCCUUGGAAUUGCACAUUAAAAAGAAGCGAAGAACUCAGCUUUGAGUUUAGCACCAUAAUUCCACAAACAGAUGUUCAUAAAGAGUGUCGCAAACUCGCAGAAGACCUUUUAACAACUAGUCAGAUAUAUAGCGACUUGGCAAGAGAAAAACGCUUCACCCAAGAAAAGAAGAACUUUGUGUUUUCUACUUUUCAUAAAUUGGGGUUUGAAGACCUCAUUGUUUCGGUGCACCGAACAAAGAGAGUAGUUACAGCGGUCGAACCAUUGGAUUAG